AUGGAGCAAAAAAACAAUUCAAUGCCUGAAAUGAAUGACAUUCAAACUUUCGCCAAUGAUUCUAUAAUAGAUAAUUUAUUUGAUACAAAUAACAAUCUAGACAAUACUAUUACCCAGGAGUCACAUUAUUUUCAUAACUUGGAAACCGGUAUACCUGACAUGGAUCAUAAUUAUUUAUCACAACUUUUACAUGCUGUAAUGGAAUCAGAAUCUAAGAAGAGUGCAGUCGAUUUUGUUUCAAUGUCAGAGGUUGAAAGAAUCCCGGCCUCUGAAAUAAAUGCUUUCAAUGACUUUAGACCCUCUUCAGAAUCCAAUUUUCAGUCUAAUAAUACUAAUGACAAAGAAGAAGACAAAAGUUCUGUGAAUGAAAGCAAACAAGAUUUAAGUUAUGGCGAUGAUGAUAAUAAUUAUGAUAAUCCCAGAAAUAUAUCACCAAGUGUAAAAUAUGCAUCAGUAAGAGCCACUAUAACAGCUACAAAAUCAGGUUUAAAUGAAAAUGGCAUUAAUAAAUCAAGAAGACUCUGGGAUGAAGAAGAGGUUUCUAUUUUUCUUAAUCAUUUUAAGGAGGAUUAUGCAUUAUACCAAAAGAACAGAAAAGAAUUUUAUGAAAAGAUGUCCAGUAAAUAUUUUACAUCAAGAUCAAAAGGUGCAAUUCAAAAUAAACUUAGUCAAUUGUUGGACAAAUAUGAGGAAAUUAAAAGCAAUUCGGCUAAAUAUAACUGGAAAUGCAAAAGUAAUAAAUCAGCAGAUGUUAAUUCAGACAAUGAUGUUAGUGAAGUAGAAUCACAUGAAGUAAUGAUUGUUGACCAUAAGAUAAAUAAUAAUAAUUUUAUAGAAGCUGGUUAUUUUAUGGAAGAUGAUUAUGUAAGUGAUGGUCAUUAUGGAACCAGAUUUUAUAAAAGAUUUAAAAGGUUUAAUGAUAAUGCAAAUAGUAUUAUUAAUCCUCUUGUCAAUGACCAAGAAAACAACAAAAUUGAUAAUGGUGUAGUUGAAAAUAGAAAUUGUAUUGGCAAAAAAAGAAGAAUUGGAAUUUCUUCUGCAUGUAUAAUUGCAGAUGCUAUCAAAGAGUCAGUAAUGUAUAGAGAAAGAAUGUGGGAAGAAAAUUUGAAAUUUGAAAAUGAAAACUUGGAUAAAGAAUAUGAAAUACAAAAAAACAGAAUUGAAUUGGAAAUACGCCAAUUGCAAUUUGAGAGACAACAAUUAAGACUUGAACAUGAUAACAAACUUAAAGGAUUGGAAUUUACUCAAGAAGGUUUUAGACAAAAGUUACUUCUUUGGAUAGUAAUUGAUGACCAACCAUUUGUUGUUACUGAAGACCGAUCUUUUAGAGAGAUGCUGGCUGGUGUAUAUAUCAAUAUUCUAUCACAAGUUACUGUUCAUCAUGAUUUAUCAAAAAAAAUUAAAGAAUUGGUUUCUUUAGGAAAACUUUAUGCAAUUGGACUUGAUGAUGACGAUUACAUACUAUCAGAGGAAGAUACAAGUGAGAGUUUAAAUAAUGGGGUCUACAAACAUUUCAAGAAAGAAGAUGUGAUUGAUAGUUUAAACACAAAACCAAAUAUAAAGAAUGCAGCAGAAGCAGCUGCAGGAAGAACAAUUAGAGAUAAUGAUGAAUUAAAAACUUAUCUUAGAGAACCAGUUAUAAAUGAAAAUCAGGAUCCAAGAUAUUUACCAGGUAUUUAUGUUGUGCCUACGAGUGCAUCAAUAGAAUGA